AUGCUUAAUAUAUUUCUUUUAAUUAUUUCAUCUAUACCUUUACUGUCUCUGGCUCUAAAUCAAAAAGGGAUGAAAUUUUGUAAUUUCCCUACGCCUACAACUACUGAAACAAUAAGUACUACAAUGAAUAUAGUUAAAGACACUGAUUUUGGAAAUAAACGAAUUAUUUUUAAUGGCAAGCCAAAUACAUGCCAACCGAAUAUUCCUGGCUGGAACAACGAUUGGGACCAUGCUAUAUUUGUUGAAGACGGGGUUACUAUAAGUAAUCUUAUUUUGGGUGAGUCUCCAAUUGGGACUUCUUCUGAUAUUGUUUGUAGGGGUGAUUGUACUCUUAAAAAUGUCUUUAUUGAGAAUACCUGUUGGCGUGGUUUUAGUUUUAUAGAAGCAGCAGAUUCUACACCAGGGGAAAAAGAACACAUAAAAUAUAAUUAUGUUGUAGAGGGUGGGGCUGCUUUGGACGGUUUUCAAAAAAUUAUGGUACAUGGAGGACCAGGAAGGACAACUGUUAAGAAUUUUUGUUCUGUUAAUAACUCUAUGGGUAUAAUUUCUGCUGGCUCGUGCUCACAACAAUAUUCACGAAAGAUUACUGUUAAAGACUCACGAUUCAUGGGACCAAUGCUUACUAUAUUUGAUGGAAAUCGUCAAUACAACGAUAAAUUAAUUCUUGGAAACAUAAAAAUUUAUGGUAACAACAACCCAGCAACUAAAAUUGAUUAUGUUUGUUCUGAAUACCCGGGGGAAAUUGCUCCUGCUUCAGAUCGUUGGAAAUAUGCUUACAAACCUGGAGAAGCUGGAACAAGCGAUAAAUUUUGUAACUACCCUGCUACAGCUGUGAAAAUAAUCAAUUGA